AUGCUAUGCGCUUCCUCCACAUACAAGACCACCGCAGAUCAAAACACACAUCUCUCUCACUCACUCACUCGCCUCACUCCACUGGACAUCCAUCCAUGGAGCUCUUCGCAGCAGCAGCAUCAGCCGAGGAUCAGAAGCCGUGCAGCAGCAGGCUGUUCAGCAGGAAGAGGAGCGGCGGCAAGGCGGGCAUGGGCGUGCGCGGCGCCGACAAGGGCCGGUCGUCCUUCUCCGGGCGGUGCGCGCGGCUCGUCAAGGAGCAGCGCGCGCGGUUCUACAUCAUGCGCCGCUGCGUCACGAUGCUGGUGUGCUGGCGCGAGUACGCCUGACGCCUGAGCCCUCGGUGUCCCUGAUGCAAUGGCGCCGGACAUGAUGCGGAGCCGCAUGCAGGACGCGAGCAGCAAGCCGAGGGGAGAGGAGGAGGAGGAGGGGAAGCCGCCGCCGCCGCCGAGCAGGUCAAGAGACGCUCGAUCCGCCUCCGCGGUCUUAAUUAGGGAACCACGAACGAACCUUGUGUAAAGAGAAGAUUAUUAUUUUUUUUAUUAUUUUCUCUCCUGCUUUAAUGCUCUCGUAGUCUUGUUCCUUUAGCACCUCGAUCGAGCCUUACGUUCUUCCUUCCGUUCGGUGCGGGGCGGAGAUUUGCAGUCUCACGGCGCUUCUGCUGUUCCAAUGUAACGUGAGCAUCUCUAGUAUACAGGAACUGGAGCUGUAGCUGUAGUUUAGCUAGUUGCUUUGCUUGGCGGUGCUGUGGCGUCUGCGCCCCCUUGCCUUGGCGCGGUGCGUGAGAGCCGUCCUCAUCGCGCAUCGGAGUGCGAUUCGACUGCUGCUCCUCUUGCUACUAUUUGUUUACAUUUUCCUCCCCUCCACUGUGUAAUCCGUAAUCCUGAAAAGGCGGCCAGAAAGAAAAAAAACACCGCUAGUUCUCGCUGCCAAA